AUGGCACCAUUGGAGUCUUUGUACGAUGGGAGAUGUAUAUCUCCCAUUGGAUGGUUCAAGAUUGGGGAAGCCGAGUUAAUAGGGCCAGACCUCAUGCAUCAUGCUAUGGAGAAGGUUAAGCUCAUCAAGGAGCGGGAUUUGGAGUUCAAAUGGGAUGAUUGGGUAUUCUUGAAAGUUCCCCCCAUGAAGGCUAUAAUGCGGUUUGGUAAGAAUGGGAAAUUGAGUCAGAGGCUAGAACUACCUCCGGAUAUGUCUUUAGUGCACCCGGUGUUUCACGUAUCCAUGUUGAAGAAGGUGGUUGGAGAUCCGUCUCUUAUUGCUCCAAGUGAGACUAUUGAAGUUAAUGAGGAAUUGGCUUAUGAUGAAAUUCCAGUUGCCUUUCUUGAUAGGCAAGUCCGUAAGCUGAGAAAUAAAGAAAUUGCCUCGGUGAAAGUACUAUGGCGAAAUCAACAGGUUGAAGAGGCCACCUGGGAGGCCGAGGAAGUGAUGAAGAAGAAGUACCCUUAUUUGUUUGAAUAG